AUGGGGUACAAUGUGGAGUUUCCAAGUAGUAAACAGCCAUUUCCAGCACAAUUUGCAGUAAUGAACAAAGUGUUAACGGCUCUUAAAACCAAGCAACAUGCGCUGCUUGAGUCUCCCACUGGUAGUGGCAAAACUCUAGCAUUAUUGUGCUCAACUCUGACGUUUCAAAAACAAUUUUUUCACGAUCAAGUAAUGGCUUUAAAGAAAAAGGAAAACGAUCCAAAGUUUCAAGAGCAGGAGGCUAAGAAAGAGGCUCAGGAAGCGCAAUUACGGGCAUUGGAGGUACAGAGAACGAUGAUGGAGGCUCAAGAACAGAUUGCACAAGCGCGGAAGCAGAGACAAAAGAUUGAAAAUAAUGAAUUGAAUGUUAACAAUAUUCAGAAAUCAACUAUAGAAACAGUUCAAAAGGAGGAACAAGACGAUGAAAUGAUAGCUACACAACCAAAUCUUGACGGACAAUGGCUGAGUACGAGAAAACGAGAGAUAGAGAGAGGAUUCACUGCAACAAAAAAGACGAGAAAGUUGCCUCAGUCAUUCGCCAUUGCAGCGGAAAAAGUAGAUACUUCUCAAUCGGUGCAGGAUAAAGAGGUUGACGUGUCGGCUGCUGGAUUAGACCGCAAAGCCAAGGAGAAACAAGUGGUGCCACUGCAGAUUUUCUUCUGCUCACGAACACACUCGCAGUUAGCACAGGUGGUGGAUGAGCUUAAGAAUUGUCCUGUGUCGUAUUUCGACUCACCCGAAGACUCUGACACCUUCACAAAACAGCUGCAGACGUGUGUACUUGGCUCUAAACGAAACAUGUGUGUCAACCGCAAAGUGAAUCGCGAUCCGCUGCAGGUGGACGACAAAUGUCAACAGGCACGUGAGGAAUCGUCGUGCUCGUAUUAUAGAAAACGCAGCAAAGUCAGCGACUUGCGCCGGACCGUGCCGCCUGUGUGGGAUAUCGAAGACAUCGUGAAACUGGCACAAAAGCACCGUGAGUGUGCCUACUUCUACGCGCGCGAAGCGCUAGACCGUGCAAACAUCGUCUUUGCACCCUACAACUAUCUGCUGGAUCCGUCGAUCCGCGCGGCGGUGGGAAUUAAGCUCGAAGACUCAAUCAUCGUGCUGGAUGAAGCACAUAAUGUGGAAGAUACAUGUCGAUCCAGUGCCAGUGUCGAGGUGACUACGGAUGUAUUGGCGGCGUCAAUUAAGGCGUUUUCAAUCGUGAUUAAGCACGGCAAUCGACCAGAGGCAUACAAAUCCCUACUCAAGCUGCUGAAUGGUAUCAGCCGUUGGUUACAAGGCGUGGAUUCGAAUGCUAAUGCCAUUCUUGAGUCCUCAGGUUAUGAAGAGAAAAGUAAGGUCUGGGAUGGCGUUGAUGCACUAGCCAUGCUUGCAGAGUAUUCUGGCCUGACAAAAGACAGCUUUGCCCAAGUGAAAGCGGACGUACACGAAGUACGCGAGUAUGAAAACGACUUGGGCAAUCGGGAGGCUGCGACAAACCCAACAGGAACCUCAAUUCUCUUAGGUGCGUUGGCAUUGACAACGGUGCAAAACAUUAUGAGUGUAGUGGAUUACAUGUUCCGCGACAAUCUCAAGUAUAUCGACGAUUUCAAGCUGGUGGUAGUAAAGUCUAAGUCAUCGUGGAAAGAAAAUGCGAGUUUCCGGUCUCCCACUAAGAGAAAUGGCGAUGAGUGGGAACUAAAAAUGUGUAUCUGGUGCCUGAAUGCAGCCGUGGCAUUCUCUGAUAUUGCAAACCAGGCGCAUAGCGUCAUUCUUACGUCUGGUACAUUGAGUCCCAUGGAGUCAUUUGCUGGCGAGUUGGGUGUAAAUUUUUCCAUACGUCUUGAGGCGAACCAUGUCGUAAACAUGCGCAAGCAGGUGUUUAUUGGAGCUGUCAUGCACGGUCCUGGCAACGUCGACCUUCAGUCCACGUACAACAACCAGCAGGAUCCGAGAUACCAAGACUCGAUAGGUCAUUUGCUAUUGCAGUACUCACAAGUGAUUCCAGGCGGCAUUCUCAUGUUCUUUCCGUCCUACUCGCUGCUAAAUAAACUUACAACACGCUGGAAGAAGACGAAGUUGUGGAGUGAAAUCGAGCAGUAUAAAAUUGUUUACUCAGAACCACGUAACGCUGGAAAGGAUUUCGAUGCCCUUUUGGAAGAUUACAAGAACACGAUCACGAAAUGCUCAGUGGUUGUAGCAGCUGGUGACAAUGGCAGUGUAGCACCAGAAAACCAGACUACAGGCGCCAUCUUUUUGGCGGUUUAUCGCGGCAAAGUGAGUGAGGGUAUCGAUUUCUCGAACGACAACGCACGGGCUGUUCUUUGUGUGGGAAUCCCCUUUCCAAGCGUAAAGGAGUUGCAAGUGUCUCUGAAGCGCAAGUACCAAGACGAGAAGAGCCGUCUGAACAUGAUGCUCGUGAAUGGCCAUACUUGGUACCAAUUGCAAGCGUUUCGUGCGCUUAACCAAGCACUCGGACGUUGCAUUCGCCAUCGCCAGGAUUAUGGCGCCAUUAUGCUGCUCGAUUCUAGACAUCGCUUUAACAAGCAUACCAAGUCGCUUUCGAAGUGGAUGCGGCCGUUCAUUCAGGAGUUCGAGCACUCGCAGAUCUGUAUCGACGUCGCCAAAGUGGAAGAUGAAGCGAGAACCACUAGUUCUCGAGUACGAGGUCAGGGCAAGAAGGGCAAGAAGAAUAGCGCCAAGGCAAACCGCAUAACGACACCCUCACUUUCAUCGACCAUGGCAACCGUAAAAAAGGUUAUGGCAGAGCGAAAGCAGGAGUCGAAUCUGCAAAACAAUGUUUUUUCGAUAUUUCACGGACAGGCUCCGAAGAAGUCAGAGAGAGAAGACUAA